UGUUUUUUCUCAGUAACAAACCUGGGAAAGAUAAAGCAGAUUCCCUUAAACGCGUUAUUAGUCGUCAGUGGUAUGAUCUCACUCAUGAUGCAGCCCAUAGAUUCCAUUAAACUGAACUUGCUUGGAAACUCAGCGCUUCCAAAACCACUUAAGACAUUAUAAAUACAACCUCGCUCUUUCCCCGGCACUUCAAAAUCAGCUAUACUUAAAAACUGAGAGCAGAAAAACAACACUGAUCAAGGUGAAAGAGAUGAGCUGCGACCAUUUACCAGUGCCACCGGAAUACCGAUGCCGUCCCACCAAAACGGAGCUGCUGUGUGACCACUUGGCGAAGAAGAAUUGGUGCAAGGACUCCCAAAUCAUGUCGAUCAUCCCUGAUAUCGAUCUGUGCAAGCACGAGCCUCGCGAGCUACCAGGACUGGCGUUCACAAGGCAGGAAAAUCUGGGAAGGAAACUUUACUUCGAUUUCUUCUUUUGGUUUACAAGGGCAGAGUCUUGGUAUAGUCAGGGCAAGUGGUACUUCUUCGCACCGCGUGAAUACAAGUACCCUAACAGCACUCGCUCCAACAGGACUACAGGGGAAGGGUCCUGGAAGGUCACAGGCAAGGACCGUGACAUCAAGGCCCCGGGCUCCGAAGCUGUGAUUGGGAGGAAGAGGAUCUUGACCUUCCAAAAACGUGGAGUGCCGAAAUCCCACAAGACCGGCUAUGUUAUUCAUGAGUAUUAUCACAUUCAGCCCCAUUCUGACCCUCCUAAGCAGAUAGGGGACUUUGUUGUCUGUUGCUUGAAGUACAAGCCUGUCUCUGAUCAUGAUGAGGAUGCUCCAUUCUGCAAUCGAGGUAGCGGUAGCUGCAGUAUGGUUUCCAAUGUUGCAAAUCAGGCUGAAGAAAAUUUGGCGUCCAAUGAGCAGUUUAAUGGCACUGAUGAUGAAGCUGAAACUGGUGGCGGUUGGAUUACUGAAGCAGAACAACACCUGGCAUAUAAGAGAGAUGGUCUUCGGACUGCCAUUGGAAAUCAGAAUGAAUUCCAAGGCUCGCAGACUGAUCCUUGUAAUCUUUGGACCUCUGUUGAAGGUCAAGCUGAUAGAAGCAAUUCGUCUCAUAUGAUUGAAGAGCGACUAGAUGAUCCAGAAAAUAUGGAUUCAUUCUUUCAUCCACCUGUGCCCCCUCAACUGCAUCAGCUACAUCAGUCACCGAUGUAUACCACCAAUGUCCAGAAUGAUGAAUGCCGUAAGAGGAAAUAUCCAUUUGAAGAUAAUGACUCUUCUCUUACGAAGAAGAACAAUAUUUCAACCAAUGAUGGUGAUGAACUAGUCAGCAACACCACUGCUAAUUCUGAAAACCAAGCUGCAGAUGUGAUCCUAGAGGGUGAUUCUGUUAUCUGUCGCUUGAAGAAUAAAUCAGAUAAGAAGGAUUCUCUGGUAAGUGAUGAAGGGGAACCGGACAGCGCAGGUGUGUCUAACUGGAAAAUUCAAGCGGCACACAAAAAUGAUGAACCACUUUUACAUCAACCUCAGCGUCUGGAUGACUGCUGCUCCUCUGUAGUGCGGUCACCGGCAUCCCCAGAGCUGGAAGCAGUUCUGCAAUUAGCCAAUGGCACUAAUGAUGAUUGUAAUAAGUUACAAUCACCAUGUGGAGAUAAUACUUCUUGUCUAGAAGACAAGAAUGAAGUUUCAACCUGUGAUGAAGAUGUGACUAUGGAUGGUGUGUUUCCACAGCUAUGUGACUUACCAGAAGUAAAUCUUGAUUCAUUUUUGCGUCCAAUUCAGCCACAAGAUUACCGCCCCUCCAUACUGCAGUCAUCAAUAUACACAAAGCUGGGAAACGUUCCAGAUGCCAAUCUCUGUUUUAGUGAAUGCAAGAAUUGGCAAUUUGCAUUUAAGAAAAAAAUUUCAACUAAUGAAGUUGACAUACCGGUUAGACAUAUCAUGUCUAAUUUUGAAAAUAAAGCUACAGAUUCUAGGAUUCUAGAGGUGCAUCGUCAAACCAAAGAAAAUAUGGAAUCAGCGUUUCAUCCAUUGCAGCUAGAAGAUUCAGCUCUGCAGUCGAUGAUGUACACAAAACAUGGAGAUGCUCUACAUAAUAUUGAAUGCAAUGAGUUGCAAUCUUACUGUUCUGAUCAAAUAGCUCAAACUCCCUCCAUAGACUCCAACCUACCGAACUCAUUGGGAAGGGUCUACCAUGGGUAUGGUGGAGUAAGCAGCUAUGAUACGAAAACUGAAGUCGCUCAUGGAUGGGAACAACAUACAUCUGCAUUAGCUAUUGGAAACCCUCCAAUGUAGCUAAUGAACUAUAAGAGGUCUGAUAUUAUCCUGCAAGGGUACAAUAAUCUUCCAAGUAAUAUGAUCUUUUCUAGCGUAUUGAUGGUUUGCUCUCCCCACUCAGAUUGUUCAGUAGAAUGGUCCCAGACCUCAUGAAGAGGAAUGUCACUAAAUUAGUAGCUAGUUGGGUUAUUGUUGAAGUAGUAGUUACAGUUAAUGAAAUGUGAUAGCUGGUUGGUUGAUGGAGUAGUAGUUACAAAUGUGUAUAAUUGUUGUUGUUUAGAACCUUGUAAGUAAUUUAUCAAGCUUAAUGAAAUCUUGUGUAUCAUUU